ACCAAAUAUUCCCUUAAUUAUUUGCAGAUACUGUGCACUUGUAUGUAUGUGUAGGUGGGUGAGAGAGAGAGAGACAGAGAGAGUGACUGUGGAAUUCUUUCAUUUUCUGUAGAAAUUCGAAAGUAGAUGAGAGAAUAUUUCCCGGAGACUUGCUAUUCGACGUUUACUUGUUCACCAGACUUCAUCCUCGUGCAAGACAGGCGCAGUUCUUUCUACUGACGCAUAUAUGCACCAUUCCAUAAACAGGAGAAGGAGAACAAAAACAAGAAUUGGGAGUGGAAGCUUGAUUUGAUAAGAGUUACUAAAAGCAUAUGGAAGGAGGAGAAAGAGAAGUUCCAAAUUAUGAAUUACAAGUCUCGUUCUCGACGCCACAAGCAAUCCAUGAGAUGGGUUUCGUACAAUUUGAGGAGAACCAGGUUCUAAGCUUUUUGGCACCUUCACACUCACAGCAAUCUUCUCAGAUAUCUCAACCACUCAAUACCACAACCACCACUACCCAAAUAGGGUUUAGUACUCAUAACGACCAGGUAGGAAACUUGGAUCCAAAGGCUACAAAUGAAGAUACCUGCACUGCUAGUGCUAACGAUGGCAACAAUUCUUGGUGGAGAAGCUCGUCAUCCUCAGAGAAGAAUAAAGUGAAAGUCAGGAGAAGGCUUAGAGAACCAAGAUUCUGUUUUCAAACACGAAGUGAUGUGGAUGUGCUUGAUGACGGUUAUAAAUGGAGAAAAUAUGGCCAGAAAGUAGUUAAAAAUAGCCUUCAUCCAAGAAGUUACUACCGAUGCACCCACAGCAAUUGUCGAGUAAAGAAAAGAGUCGAACGAUUGUCAGAAGAUUGUCGAAUGGUGAUAACAACAUAUGAAGGUAGACACAAUCACUCUCCAUGCGAUGACUCAAAUUCAUCUGAACACGAAUGCUUCACUUCUUUCUGAUAGUUGAAUUUUUAUUAAAUUAUAAAAGAAACAUUGUUGUAAUUAUUAUAAUGUGUUAGCCAGCUUGUGAAAUUAAUAUUUGUUUUUAAGUAAUGAUUUUUGAGGGUUUAUUUUCUCAUAGUUAACCAAAGGGGUUAUGUGGAUGACAUAUAAAUCUAUCAUUCGAGUCCUAUCUAAUAACUUAAAUUUUAGAUUGGAUGAUCUUUAUA